AUGUCAAUGUUCCGAUCAGCCGCAGAAAUAUCAUCCUCAGACUCUGACAAUGAUUCUGAAUCGGAAGAAAUCCAAGCCCAACACUCAGGGCCCUCUACUCCUCGGUAUCCCGCAAAGAGCCAAUCUCAUAGCCCAAAGCAGGACAAGACCAGCCAAGCCCCAACGGAAUCUGGGUCUACAGAAGACCCAGAUUCCUCGAUUUCCUUUGACAAUGGCUCCAUGUCACCACAAGACAUGGUUGAGGUGAAUGUUAAUCAGCAUGCAAAUGUGAUGACGGCUGCCCUGUUGGAGUUUUAUUGUCAAAGUCGAGCAGCAGACAUUCUUAAUGCUCAACGAGGCUCAGGGAAACGGUUCAGCCGACACAGCCCAGAGGCUCACUAUCUCGGUAAACAACUGUACAAAUUCAAAUCACAAUUUCUGUCAUCCCACGGUAUCUUGGCCGAUGGCAUUGAUAGAGAAGAGAUGGGACCGAGCCGGCAGAGUUAUCGUGAUAACCUCGAUAUGCUCGGUAUCUCUGCCCUGGAAGAAAUGAACUUCCAUGAUUCUCACACCCGGUCCCCCGCAAUUGGUCCUGGCGAGGACCUCACUCUAAUCACAAAGUUUCCACCCAAUAGACCUAGUCUUCCCAAUCUGGACACUCCUGCUUUGAUCCGGCGGAAAACCGAGCCCUUUGGCAAGCAGUUCGCUGCUUCUAGAAAUGUUGAAUUUCUUGCCUCUGUUCCUGAAGUCCCAAGAAAUCUCCCCCAGCCUUCAAUCCCUCUUUUUGGCAGUUCACCUGUUGGAGUUUCAUUGUUCAACACUCCAACGACCCCAUCAUACAACCAGUCGUCGAGGUAUUCUGUUGAAUUUAAAGAACUCAAGAUCUUGGGACGUGGGUCCUUCGGCGAAGUAUAUCACGUCACAAAUCAUAUUGACGGCCAAGACUAUGCCGUCAAGAAAAUUCCGCUGAGUCAAAGGCGGCUUGAUCAGCUGCAGUUCGGAGGCCAGAAUCAACUGGAGGUUAUCAUGAAAGAGAUCCGCACACUUGCCCGCCUCGAGCACACAAAUAUCGUUCGGUACUAUGGUGCGUGGGUCGAGCAAGCCCAUCACGCAAACCCACCAGCUGAAUAUCACCCGGUUCACACAACUUUCGAACCAUCUGAAAACAAUGAUCCUUCUCCGGGUACUCCAAACGAGCCUAGUAUGGGAAUCGUGUUCGGGUAUUCCGAGAGCUCACAUCCGGAUUCACAGACUAGUUCUUUGACCGAAGAUCAUAGCUUCUCUGAAAGCAUUCGACGUUGGGACAGCCACAACACAGGCUCAUCUCGCCAGUCGAAGAAAAGCUCAAGAAGAGGGUUCAAGGAGGAAGAAGAAGACAUUGAAUCAGUUCCUCGCAAAUUUGAUAACUCUUCAUAUGACCAAACGUCCACGUUUGGACAAACCGAUGAUAUUUUCACCGACGGUCUAAGUCAAGACCAGUCAAAACUCCAGGUCCAGCCAUGUUACCGGCCGGGCCAGUCACCACCAGCCGUUAUCCUCCACAUUCAAAUGUCACUCCAUCCCAUCGCCCUCGGAUCUUAUCUCAACCCGCAGGCUGCUGUCCAAUAUGACGACUGUACAGUUGCCAGACGCCAUUGUUUCCACCUGUUGCCUUCUUUGAAGCUUUUGAUAGACAUUGUUUCCGGCGUCGAGUACCUCCACGCCAAAGGAAUCGUGCAUCGAGACUUGAAGCCAGCAAAUAUCUUCUUGUGUGCGCCAGAAAACAACACAGGAGACAUCUGUGCCGCAUGUAGCUCGGGCGAAGCUUCUCCAGUCCAAUUCUGCCGCCCUCGCAUCGGCGACUUCGGUCUUGUGGCAGACAUCUCUCACAUGAACGAGGCUUCGCCGGGCACGGUGACGCCAUAUAGAGAAGGUCCGAAAAUCCAGCGUGUAGUUGGAACCGAGUUCUAUCGUCCUCCGGCCAACGUAUCUAGGACUUCGAGUGACCCGAACUCACCGGCUGAUUACUUUGAUGAAUACAAAAUCGACGAAAAACUGGAUGUCUACGCGCUAGGAGUCAUUCUCUUUGAGACGCUCUAUCGUUUGAACACGAAAAUGGAGAGACAGUUUGUUUUGAAUGAUCUGACUCGCGGGUCAGGCCAGGAUCCGUCCGAACGCACGGUUUUCCCAGCGGAUUUCGCCGCCAAGGUCGAUCAUGGCUCGGCGAUUUUGGACGACGGAGUCUCGGUCGCUGACUCUCUGAUGAAAUGUAUCAAAGGCAUGCUGGACCCCCGAUCGCGGCUGCGAUGGAGCUGUCAGGAUGUCAAGCAACAUCUGCGGGCUUUGAAGAAGGCUGUUCGGCGAUUUGAAAUACAAGAGAAAUGA